AUGUGGCCGACAUGUCGAAGAGGAAGUUGGCUACUUCUAACUCUUAUCUCAGCCGCAUUCCUAUGGCCGGCUCCGGCCGUCGCGGCGGGUGCCCAGUACUGCCAUGACAAACUGCAGUUCUGCAUGGCUGUAGCGACCAAGGCGAAUGCCACGACUCACGGCCGGGAUGUCUUCGUCAGUCUCUCGGCCCGGCCUUCUGAGAACGGCGGCUGGACCGCCGUGGGGAUCGGCCAGGUCAUGGCCGGGGCGCUGAUGCUUCUGGUCUAUUCUGACUCUAGCAAGGCAUCAGUCACGGCCAGCAUCCGCACCGCCAGCGGACAUGUCAUGCCCACGGUGUUGACAGCCAACACGACCAAAGUGGGCGUGCUCCAUGCCGAAAUGACAGAGUCAAAGGACUAUUACGCGCAAUUUGUCUGCUACUCGUGCGAUCAGUGGUGGCCGGACAAGAUUGACAUGACGUCGACAUCGCAGCCGUGGAUCUACGCUAGCAACACGAAACAGAUCUUUUACACGGCGGAGAACGACGCCAAUCUGAUGAUCCAUGACUCGUACGGUGUUCUGACGGUCGACAUGUCGUCGACUUUGAUUGCAGACGGGGAUCCGAUCCCGGCAAUUCAGCCUGGCGCGCUGUCCUUUGGCGUGUCGCUGGUCAAAGAAUCCUCUGAAAGGGACCAUGACAAGCAAGAAGCCUGGCCAUCAGCUGUCCAGCUCCACGGUAUCAUCAUGACGAUCAGUCUCAUGGGUCUCUUUGGAGCAGGCGGCGCGAUCAUCAGACUGCCCUUGGCGCAGAGUUUCCGCUAUCACUGGAUCGUGCAGCUGACGGCGUCGAUUCUGGCCGUUGGCAGUGCGCUCUACAUGCUGUUGCGGGCUAAACAUCUUGGUCCGCACAAGAUCAUCGGCCUGAUUGUGAUCUCAGCCCUGAUCGUGCAGGGGGCGUUAGGGUACAAGCAUCAUGCUGUCUUCGUCAAGCUGCGUCGCCAGUCGCUUUACACUACGCUGCACCGGUGGCUGGGCCGCACUGUAUUGUGUCUGGGUAUCUUCAACGUCGGCACGGGGCUGUACUACCGAGGCUGGUCGACCCUAGGCCUCAUCGCGUGGUUAGUCGUCGCGGCGGCAGAAGUGGCAGGCUACAGCUACGUGGUGUACCUGCAUCAACGACGGAGACGGCAGGAACAAGGAAAACCAAUCCAAAAAGACGAAGAUGACGAGGAGAUUUUUGAUGUGGGUGUCGAUGACGAUAUUGAGGAGGUGCCAUUGAUGGAACGGGCGGAACAUGAGCAUGAAGGAAGUAAGCAUAUGUGA